AUGAAUUUAGUUAUUGCAGAUUUUAAAAAGAAGAUUUAGAUAGAAAAUGAUGUUUAUUUAGACAUUCCAUAGAUACUUUUGAUUAUUUGCAAAAAGAUAAAAGGAUAUGUAAAAAGAAAAAGUUAAACUUUAAAAUUAAAUGAAAAAAUUUGGAAGACCCUAAAAUUGGAUUAACUGCCUAAGAUGCUUAUAAAUACUUAGCAGAGUUCGAAAAUUUAUCAUAUAAGUUUAAUUCUGCAGAUUUUCAAAGAAAAAACUCUAAGGUGUUUUAAGGAUUGCAAUUUCAGUUAAUAACAAAUUGAAGAGUUUAAACCAAAGGUUUUAUUGGUUGCACUUUGUAAAAAAAAAUGGAGUAGGGACGCUGGUUAGAAUUGAAAAAUAGAAU